UAUAAGAAUCCACAUCAUAUAAUCUUCAAAUGAAUGGCCACUCAGUGCCCUCAGCUCUUUGGGGCACUUGUAGCCUCAAGAUUUUAUAGAAAUAUUACAGAAAUAUUCUUUUCCUGCAUACUUUCUGAAAUUUUACAGGCCAGGCUGGCUAAGUAAAUGCAGGAAAACUGAGUCUAGUCUAAUAAUUUCCAUACUGAGGACUUGGAAUACUAAACUAACAGACACUAAAUCAAAUAAAACACACACACACACUUGGACAAAAAGCAUGCUUCAUUUAACAGUUGAGAAAACCCCUCAACUCAAUGAAAAAGAAUAAUUGGAAAGCUAUACAGAGCCACGGUUCAGAUUUUACUGAAAAGUGAGGCAUUUAUGACAUUGUUGGAGAUGAGAUGCUCAAAAAGCACGAGCAUCCCCCCAGAAGAGCAGGUGCGCGCAUACGCGUGCGCGCAAAAUGUCUCCAGUUCAUUUUUUUUUUUUUCAAACAACGUGAAAUCAGUUUAGAGUCAGCUCUCUGAAACAGCCAGUUCAAGCUGAAACUCACAUCCCCGGUCCAUUUGAAAUCAUGAAAAAUAGAACUUUAAGUUCGACUUAAGACUUUUAAGGCAAAGCACACUCGAAGAAGUUUAUCCUUUGAUGACACUUAAAACCAACACCAAUAUUUACCGUCUGGGGUCGUUGCACCUUGCGGGCGUCAGGUGUCGAUUGGAUGAACUGACUUGAGGCUGAUCUUAGAGAGAUUUGGAGAGAAUUUUUACGCGCGUUUUGGGGGGUUUGGAUAAUUGAAAAAUCGCCUAAACGGAUAAUUUCUGAAAAGCGCAUGAAAGUUCAACAAAAUAAACGUCCAGUUUCCUUUUCGUCAUGAAAAGCCCCAAAGUGUUCUUUUUACAAUCAUUAGUAGAGGCAGGCGUUGCAUCAAAAUGCACAAAAGUGGGAAAAAAUUUAUUAAUUUUAAUUUAGAAUUAGUUGUCAAGCAAUCAUUUUGCUCCAAAGAUACCAAAUUUAAACACAAAAACGCUUUGGACAUGCGUCAACGUCGUGCUUCAGUCAUAAAAAGCACAUUUUUUUUAAUCCUCUAACUUAUUUCGUUUUCAAUGUUUUUUUUUUAUUCCAGUGCGUAAUAAUUUUAUGGAUCCCAGCUGCAGUGACCUUUGCGUGAGAGGAAUGAAAAUAAAGUUUAUUUAAAUUGUAGUUUUAAGAAAUGUAGCCGAGGUUUUGGUGUUUGUGUUUGAUCUGCGGUGUUUAUGAGGGCAUGUAUGGUGUGAACACAUUGUGAAUCCUGGAAAAGGACGAGAUGUUGUUUGUCACACAAGACAAACAACACCAGGCGCCGGGGGAGAGACGCACCGGAUGCUAAAGCGGCGACGCAAAGUGUUGGCACCGCAUCACUGAAUUUCUCACGCAGUUUUUUCCCUCAAACUAGUCAUUCACAUGCUGAUAAAAUCUUAACAAGCAUAUUUUUUUCUAAAAAUUAAUUUUAAAAAAGUAUUAAAAUAUGGCUCUGUUAUGUGAAAAUUAAUGAAGUUGGAAUAUUUAAAUCCUGAACAAUUGUGAACUAGUUCAUUAAUAAAUAAUAAAUCUAAAUUGAUAAUCAACAGUUAUUAGACAAAGUAAAUUAGUGGGAAAAAACAUAAUUUGACAAUAGUUACAUUUAAGCACAAAAAUAAAAAUAAACAAAAAAAAAAUAAAAUAAAAAAAAAUCAAGAAAAGUAUCAAUUGAUUUUGCAUUUUUCCUUAAAACAAUGAUAUUGCAGCUGUGAGUUUGUCAAUUAUUGGUAAUUUAUCAAGCAUAAAUAUAUGACUCUGCACCAUUCUGUUAAAAUAAUAAUACAAUAAAACUACAUUAAGUAAAAAAAGAAUCAAUAAAAACAAUAGAACAGUCUAAAAUAAAGAGAAAGUUAUAGAUUAUGUUGUAUUAAUAUAGAUUAUCAAAGUAAAGCAAAAUGUGCAAAAUAUGUCCAUGAACGCACCUCAUUUUGAUAUCCAAAAUGUUGGAAUUUCAGGGAGUAUUUAGUGGGAAAAAAGUUAUUUUUGCACAAAUCCAUCAACAAUGUUCAGACAGUGUGAUGCAGUUCCUGUUGCGUCCAGAUGAGGGAAGUCCUGCAAGUCAAGAAGUGGACAGAAUUCAAGGAUGAUACAUAAAAGAUGCAAAGAGGUUCAGUUUUUAUAUCAUCACCAAAAGUCGAUUCUAUAAUCGAGAAACGGUCGGUUUUCCCUGCAGGUUCCUGCUUCCCGUUCCCGCAUGCAAAUGCAGCAAAUACACAUCGCAGAAUUAUUAUUCUCAGCGUUUUGAAAUUAUAAAAUAAUAAUAAUAAAUGGGUGAAGAAAAAUGAAAUAUUUCCUUUAUAUCAAGGCGGUUUUUGAGGAGAUCUUCUCGAGCACCCUGAUAGCUUUAUCCCAAGCAGCCUAAUGUUUUCCAUGUGUCCUAAGUUCUGGAUGGUGGAGUGCAGCAGACGCAGAAUGAGAGGAGGGGUGGGGUAGGUGGGAGUGUGCGUGGGGUGGGGGGAUAGGGACCCUGCACCUUGUUACCAUUGGGUCGACCGUAAAGUUUUACUAGUAACGUUUUGUGAGCUUAUAAACGAUACCUUCUAAACUUGCACAGGAAACUCCGAAAACAUGCUGUGAUAAUGCACGUCUCUGGAAUCCAGUCGAUAUCUUAUAGUCUGGGGGCUCUGCAAUCUACAAACCUAUCGAUUACAUGAGAACAUUCCCAUCUUUGAUGCUCUGCGUUAAAUGGAAGAGACGCUGGUGAUGAGGGAGUUUCCAUACCCCCUCAAAUGGAAGAAAAAAUCAUCAUCCAAAUGAUAUAAAUAAGAUAAAUAAAUUAAAAAUGUCGGAUUUAAAGGAAAAAUCCUUUUUAAUUUUUAAUCUCAUAUUUGUAGAAGUGGUUGCAACAUUUUGGUUAAGUCCAAGUUCACCUAAAAGGCUAUUUUUUAAUUACUGCAUGAAUGCAAAAAAAAAAAAUCGGAUUAUUAGCAAAUAUUUAAGAUCAGCUGAGAUUAUUGACUGCAGUUUUCUUCUCUUUAAAUCCAUCGCGCGUGGUGCGUAAAUUCUUACCAGAGCGCUUCAUGUUGGAUGAGAAGUUUCCCUCUCUGCCACUUCCCCUAUGCAAAAUAUUAGAGGAGGCAGCACGGCUCCAAACCGGAUGGGGUUUGUAUUGGCUGACAGCAUUUUCCAGCUCGAGACGACCAAUGAAACCAGAGCACGGGCUCGGCGUAUAACAGCGAAGAUUGACGUGGAGGACGCGUCAAAUUAAUUCCAGCAGACUCCGGACUCCCCGGGAUAAGUCCAAUUUGCAUUUAUCGGAUGAAGAUCGCGUCGGCGCCCCUGUAGCCGCCUGCUUCCGAAAAUAUAAAGAAGGGGAGAGCGUUGAAGCCGAACGAGAUUGGAAGGAGCUUGCGUUUUCCUUCUUCUUGGACUCACUUUUCUCGCUCCCCUCUUUCGCUCUCCGACUUCGCCCGGACGCACUGAUCCAUUUGAGGGGACACCUAUAUUUCCUGAAAUAUACGGGCAAAUGGAGCAAACCUACGGAGAGGUGAACCAGCUUGGCGGCGUUUUCGUCAAUGGGCGACCCCUGCCCAAUGCCAUCCGGUUGAGAAUCGUGGAGCUGGCGCAGCUCGGGAUCAGACCCUGCGACAUAAGCCGGCAGCUGCGAGUCUCUCACGGCUGCGUGAGCAAGAUCUUAGCGAGAUACAACGAGACUGGCUCCAUAUUGCCCGGUGCCAUCGGUGGAAGCAAGCCCCGGGUCACGACGCCGAACGUGGUGAAAAAUAUCAGGGAAUACAAACAGAACGACCCCGGGAUCUUUGCCUGGGAGAUUCGGGACAGGCUUUUAGCAGACGGGGUUUGUGACAAGUACAACGUCCCGUCUGUUAGUUCGAUCAGCCGGAUUUUACGCAACAAGAUUGGGAACCUCUCUCAGCCUAACCAGUAUGAAAGCAGCAAGCAAGCCUCCGCGCAAGCCGGGCUCCCCUACAACCACAUUUACCCUUAUUCCUACCCCAACGCCAUGUCGCCCCCCAGCACCAAAAUGGGAACCCCCCCUGGAGUACCGGUGACGCCUGGACAUGUGAGCAUAUCCAGGGCUUGGCCUUCUCCGCACACCGUCAGCAACAUCCUGGGAAUACGCGCCUUCAUGGAUCCCACAGCUAUUGCAGGUACGGAUGGAUACCCCCCAAAGAUGGAGGAGUGGAGCAGCGUCAACAGAGCAGCUUUCCCUGCGCCCCACACGGUCAAUGGGAUCGACAAGUCAGCAAUUGAUGCCGACAUAAAAUACGCGCAGCCUUCCUCGACACUGUCCAGUUACGUCUCGGCGUGUGCCUAUUCGACACCCAACCAGUAUGGGGUCUACAGCGGGCCUGCAGGCGGCUAUGUGGCCCCGGGCCACCACCACUGGCAGCCACAGAGCACGGCCUUGUCCCAUCCGGGGAGCGGGAUGAGUAUGCACGCGGGAGAGAUCCACUCACCCAUGGCUUUCAAACAUCAAGUCAGAGAAGAAAACCUCCCAGUCCCCUGAGCAAACAGCAGCAUGAAGACUUGAACGGGGUUCACGGACUCAGUCUCGCUACCUCAUCAUCAUAACCGGGACUAUUAACGCCUUAAUUACCAGACACAUUUAACUGAACUCAUUUCAGCAGCU